UAGUUGGUUUAUAAGGAUAUGAACAAACACGCAAACAUAAGUGUCAAUCUUUCCUACUCAUCAUCUCCAAAUUGUCUUCAUACUACUUAAUAAUCCUCAAAUUUCUAAGUAAUCCUCUUUUACAAUUUUCUUCCACAAUUUUUUUCCCUUCUAGAUAUUAUCAAUGGCAUCAUCAUUAACAAGAUCAAGAGCUCUAAUUAACAAAUUAAGAUCAAAUCUGGGUUCAAUUAGUAUGCUUAAUUACCCCAACUCAUCAAAAACUCUUCUUGUUAGUCCAAAUUUUGUUUCUCAUCGUUUUGAAUCUACAAUAGCCCAGGAACAAAUUAAUUUUACAUCUGAUGAUGAUGAUAAACAGGACUUAGAUUUUCCUGGUGGUAAGGUUGGAAUCACCUCUCAAAUGAGGUUCAUCUCGGAAACUAAUGGUCGCAGGGUCGAAUGCUAUAGGGUCCUUGGUGAUGAUGGCAAGCUUUUGAAAAAGCCGCAUAUGCAGGUCGGCGAGGAACUUGCUGUCAAGAUGUAUGAAAAUAUGGUUACCUUACAAGUGAUGGAUACUAUAUUCUAUGAAGCACAAAGGCAGGGAAGAAUCUCAUUCUAUCUCACUACUAUAGGAGAAGAAGCCAUUAAUAUCGCCUCAGCAGCUGCUCUCAGUGCAGAUGAUGUUAUUUUUCCUCAGUAUAGGGAGCCAGGUCUUCUAUUAUGGCGAGGUUUCACUCUGCAGGAUUUUGCAAAUCAAUGUUUCGGUAACAAAGCUGAUAAUGGAAAGGGCAGGCAGAUGCCUAUACAUUAUGGUUCAAACAAGCUCAAUUACAUUACAGUAUCCUCAACUGUCGCUACGCAACUUCUCCAUGCAGUCGGUGCUGCUUAUUCUUUGAAAAUGGACGACAAAAAUGCAUGUACAAUUACUUAUUUUGGAGAUGGUGGCACCAGCACAGGGGAUUUCCAUGCUGCUUUGAACUUUGCAGCAGUCCUAGAGGCUCCGGUCAUAUUUUUCUGCCGCAACAAUGGUUGGGCAAUUAGCACUCCAAUUUCGGACCAGCUAAGAGGUGACGGAGUGGUUGUCCGAGGGCAGGCUUAUGGAAUUGAAAGCAUCCGAGUUGAUGGCAACGAUGCUCUUGCUAUUUACAAUGCAGUGCAUGAAGCCCGAAGAAUUGCCAUCAGCGAAAAAAGACCUAUCUUGAUUGAGGCAUUAACAUAUAGAGCAGGGCAUCACUCUACUUCUGAUGAUUCUACAAAGUACCGUCCACUUGAGGAAAUUGAACGUUGGAGAAAAACUCGAGACCCAGUACCUAGAUUUCGAAAAUGGAUUGAUGGCAAUGGGUGGUGGAGCGAUCAUAGAGAGUUAGAGUUGAGAAGCAGUGUCCGAAAACAGCUCCUUCAAGCAAUUCAAGUUGCGGAGAACCUUGAGAAACCACCAGUAGCUGAUCUUUUUACUGAUGUCUAUGAUGUUCUCCCACCAAAUCUCCAGGAGCAAGAAAGAUUGUUAAGGAAAACCAUUGCAGAACACCGGAAAGAUUAUCCAACAAAUAUUCCUGUAUAGUUGAUUUACUUGAAUCUUAGCACAUCAAGAUAUGUGCUAAUAAUGUGCAAAUGUACAUAUCAGGAAUGAAUAAAUUUUGUAUAUAAUGCUUAUUCUUAGUAUUGGCAUUUGCAAAUGUACCUGAAGCUGAUUAAGCAUUUGCUUUUGGUGGCAGUUUGAGUAAUAGCAGGAAAAAAAAAAAAAAAAAAAAAA